GUAAGUACUUAUUACGGCGGAUCAAUUGCCGUUUCUGCACGUGUUUCGUUUUCGACGUCUGCUAAAUAUUUUGUAUCUCGUCUGCUGUUUUGAAAUGGAAAGAACUUUGAUAGGACAUUUUUUGUCCAACUCUUCGAUCUUCUAAUUAUGACUUAGAUCAAAAAUAUUAUUUAGAAAAAAAGUCAGCUGUUGCGUAUUGAUUAUUUGGUAUUCGGUAAAACUUGAAAAAGCACAUAAGCAUUUGAUUUUACUCGCGAAAAAGUAUGUGUUUUCUCAAUCACGUGACUCCACGGCCAUGCAGAGUCUAUUAUACAAUACAGACGCAGAUAAUACUUAUAUGUAUACACGUUCAUCAUUGAUAUAGCAGUUGUUCGAUAUGCAGCUGCAGUCCUGACGACGUCGAGGUGCCAGGAGCAUCAGAAUGCGGUGCCAGGGCCCGAUAAUGCGCGCAGCAAAAAUUAGCUGUCGCUCCUUAUCAGCUGCAAUGACUAAAGCAGCGCUGCGUUGAUUAUCUAAGUAUCUGAUGGGCCUGUUUUUGAGAUUCUACGACGGCUACUGUGACGCGCUGUAUGCAGCUCUGUUAUACAUCAGUGCGUGUCGAAAGAGAAAUUUCGAAAACGUCUAUUUUUAACGCUCAACUAUAAGAUCCAGAUCUGGAGAAACGAGUAUGCCAAGUUUUUCCAGCUUCUCCUUUCACCUCUAUGCUGGUCUAGAUAAGUGGUUAAUGCAUUCUCUCUAGUCUCUAGCCAAUGCAUGUUAGUGAGCCUAUUUCUGUAUGACAUCAUGAUUUGAUGUGGGUACAGAGCAACACCGAGACUUGUACAUAUUUUAUCAUGAGAAGAUAAAAAGACUGCGCUUUGCAUUUACUGCUGGAAAUAGUGCAUUUUCUAUGCACUACUCGCGUAAUAGACAAAAUUUAGUCUAUAAAAACAAUCAACAUGCAUAUGGCAUAUUGGUUUGGCACUGAACUACAAAAUUUUUUAUUCUAUGGAUACAAUAUAGUGACAACAUGGGGUCUGCUUUCCACGUGUUUAGGCUUGUCAGCUUUGGCAAUAUUAUAUGAAGUUAUGAAAUUGUCACAAGUCAAACUCAGAGAACUAGCCAAGGAGAAUAAUCAAGUACCAAAUCCAGUGCAAAAUACAGACAGUUCUUCCUUGAUAUCAAGAGUAUCCGAGAGAUCAGCUGGAGUUAUAAAUUCGUUUAAAUGUCACAUAUGGGCAAAAUGGUUUAUAGAAGUCUUUCACUGGUCUGCUCAUGUUACCUUAGGAUAUUUUCUUAUGCUUACCGUAAUGACAUUUAAUGGGUACAUAAGUAUUGCUCUAGUAUUGGGCAGCGGUAUAGGCUAUUACAUAUUUGGACCUAUAUUGCUUCAAUCAAACAUGAGAAAGCUUCAAAGACGACGUAGACUGGUGGUAAAAUGCAAUCCAGAAUGUGCAGAUGCAAUAAUAAGCAAUGAGAGGAGAGAAUCAACAAUGUCAAUAGUUUCAGAGCAUUUAGAAACAGAAGUAAACGUUGAUGUGGAAAUUCAUGGUUAAAGUAAAACAAGUUAAAAUGCUGAUGGCAAAUUUUGAGGCUUGUGAUAUUUUUACAAUUGUUGAUCAAAUUCAAGAAGAGUUGACAAUAUUAAAGUCAUUUAUUGGUUGUUAAGUAAUUUUAAGACUAUAGAUAUGUAAUAUAAGAUACAUUUUUAUACAUAUAGACUUUAGAAAUAAAAUAUUUUAUGAUUUAUAAUCACUUAUUGAAACUGUA